ACGUCAGUUUGUAGGGACCUUUUCCCUGCUGCGGCCGCACCGCACAGCCACUUGGAAUACAGUAAUACUGGAGGCGAGCAAGCCGCUAGAAGCACGCUAGAAUUGUUCCAUGGCAUUUCAUGCGAUAUUGCCGAAUCAAGUCUAGGAGGCUGCCCCUCUCCAGGUGGCACCUCCCCAGUUGAGAUGUGCAGAUAGAUAUAUUGAUGUCGCCACAGAGGUCAAAGAGAGAGGAGAACAACAACCGAGACAGAUAAUUAUGAUGGAUGGGUAAGGCAAU